UGUACAAAUAACCCAACAAAUUCUAACCCAACAAACAAUAAACAAUUUGGAAAAAAACCAAAAAAAAUUCCAAAAAUGUCAAUGAGGAAGAGACCCUCUGGAACCAGCCAGCCUCCUCCAUGUCCAUGGGAAGUCCUUGUUCUUGUUGCCACCCACCUAGACCCCAAAAACCUGGCACUUUCCUCUUGCGUGUCCAAAUCAUGGUCUGUUUCCAUGUCCUCUGACCAUUUAUGGGAACCCAUUGUCUCCACCCACUUCCCCUCUCUCUCCUCCCUCCACCGCUCCCCCUCCCCCUCCGUCGCCGUGCCUUUCCGCCGCCUCUACACCCUCGGUCGCGCCUCCGCCGACCGCCGCCUUCGGAAGCCCCCCAAACCCACCCUCUGUCUCGGCAACCUUGUCUUCUCUGUUAGUGUUCACGACGGGAGUUCUCGCGUUUUUACCGCGGUGAAACCCGUGUCGGAACUGGGUUUCGAUCCGAACUACGGGGUUUUCCGGUUCGAUAUCGAUAUCGACAUGUGUGGUGGGGAUUCGGUUGUGGUUGAUGGGUUGAGAGUCACGUGGAAUGUGGUGUUGGAAGGGUACAAAGGGGUUUUUACCAUGAUGGAUUGUUGUAAGGGGAAAGGGGGGUUUGUCGUGGGGAGUGAUGGGUGGUUUACGGAGGAGCUUCCGCCACCGGGUGGUUGUUGUUCCGGCGGUGGUGGGACGGGAAGCGGGUUGGUGGCAGACUUGAGGUUGAGGUUACGGGGAGUGGAGGGCGGUGGCGGUGGGAAGGUGGUGGUGGAGAAGGUGGGUGUAGGGAUGAUGAACGUAAUGUGUUGGAGGUAUUCGAGUGUUGAUGAUGCUCUUAGGUACUUGCAGCAUUUUCUUAUGCCCUCUGAUAUGUAAAUUAUGAUGAAGCAGUUGUUUGUUUUGGACUUUGGAAGAGAGAGAGAGAUUGAGAAAUGUAUUAGGGACCGUGCAUAGAACUUGUAGAUGGACUUCCAUGUGUGGUUUUGUGCGUAUUUUGAGAGACAAAGUUACAUGUAAUUCAUAGUGAGUCUAGUGGAACAUUACUCUAAGAGCGCUCAAUAUCUUUUAA